AUGGUAAUGCGAAUGAUAACUAGUAUGGAGGCCAAUGGCAUGUGGGGAUAUGCACGCUUAGGCUUUUUCUCACAUGAUUCCUUUAAAAUACAAAAAGGACUUCUGUGGAAUCAGCGUGACAAUAAAUAUAUCGGAUAUGUCGAUUUUGAUGAUGAAAAUGCAGAACUUGAAGCAUUCGGUGAACAAUGUCUCCAUGAUAUCCAAAGUUCAGAGCAUAACACUAAUGCUACGAUUGAAAAAGAUCAUGAACGUGCAUUAGCAACCCAAGUGCAUCAAAUUGUAUGGCAUUCGAUAUCUCAUCCUUUUAAUUUUCCAAUAGCUUAUUUCGGAGUUGAAACAAUGAACAUCCAUACCCUCAACACACUUCUUUUUCACUUAGCUGCCAAGCUUGAGUGUGUAGCGAUUCACACGUGUGGUUCCAUUUGUGAUGGUGCGGCUGAAAAUAGAAGGCAUAUUAAGAGCUUUGAUUGGUUUGCGAUUACCUGGAAGAUUGGUGAUAAUGUGGAGGUUCAAUUAUCUAAUAAGCCAGGGAAGAAGAGUCACCAACCUGCUGUUAUAGUUUCUUAUAACUCAGAUCGUACUGAGUUUUUGGUUCAGCUCACAAAUAUGGACAUGCAUAAGGUUGUGCAUUCUGCAUUACGAUCUCCAAUGCCAGCGAAAAAUAUUUGGAAUAUCAAUGAUCAGUGUGAAGUUCGAAAUACUAUUAACAAUGAAUGGUAUCGCGGUAGAGUUCUUACUGAAAUCUCGACAGACGGUUAUUUGGAUGUUGUAGUUUCUGGCCAGCCAACCACGUGGAAGUCACUAUCUUGCGACAUUCGACCCGUAUAUGAUGAGGACCAACAUUGGAUGCAUCAUCUUGCAAUUAAUCCGAUAACUGGUAAAACAUGGUUUUUUCUUAGUGAUUCAACUCAUGUCUUUAAGAAAUUAAGGAACAAUGUAUGCAAAAGUCAUACAAGCAAUGGUGAAACUAGGAAUUUAAAAAAGCAAUGGGCAGAAAUCCCAGAAUUAAAAGACAUAUCUCAAGGCACUCAGUUAUUUAUUUACUAUGCAAAUAUGUAUCGAAGCAUCACACAUAGUCGAGUAUGCAUUUCCUCUCUUGAUGAUCCACGUUUGAAUGCUUUAAAAGAAAUAAAACAAUGGUUUAUUCAGGGCAAUAAGCAAAAAGAAAAUCCACGUCAAUGGUUUUCUGCCCAGUGCCAAUUUGAUUUGUUAUUGUCAAUUAAUGGGUUUCUUGGGAUUGUGGAAUAUGUACUUGUCAACUGGCCAGGCGUUGCAGUUCAACCCAGAAGAAUAUCCCAGGAUAUGCUUGAGGGUUUAUUUGGUACGAUUAGGGAAAUGAGUGGUGACUCUUCUACACAAACAGUCCAAUCCUAUGGAUAUGCGAUAAAUAAAUCAAUUAUUAUGAUGCAAAUGACGUCAGAAAUACAUAGCUUGAAUUAUGGUUCAGCUGAUGGCUCAGGUUGCAUGCUUACUGAUUUGAAACUCAGGAAUUGCCGGACAGUGACACAUUGUGACACACAGAGUCAGAAGAUAUCUAGCCAUCAUGAGACUCAAAUCAAUACAUUUUCUACCUUCAGUCGCCGAAUAUUUCAAGAACUUCUUGAUGAUAAUUUAGUAAUGGGAAAAAUACAAUUGCCACCUUCAAAUCAUGAAAAUGUCAAGAUUGAAAAUGCAACUAUCAACCACUUGCAACAUGAAAGAACACAGUUAAUUGAACACUUACU